UUUGUACAUUUUUCCUAAAUUUUAAAGUUUUUUCGGUAUAUUCUGAGGGCGUCAAGCGGUAUAUUUUAUGGAUAAAUUCGCGGUCACACUGCUAACAAGCUCUGAUCAAAAUCUCCCGCUCGAAUUUAAUUGUAAAUAAGAUUGAAAAUGUUUGAGCCUGAAACGGAAGACAUGCUGCCGCGCUCAGCGCCCAGACCCAGUGCACCAGCACCAUUGGGUCUCACCGGUCAAAUUGUCAGGCCAACUGUGCCGGAAGUUUCAAUAUUGUUCGGAGAAUCACCAUCGCAACCGCAGCCCGAACCGACCCCGCAGCAACCAGCGUCAGAGCCACGGCCCAGCUUCGCCUCAUGGAAGAAGCAAAUGCUGCCCCGAGUCAACUUUUCGCCGAUUCUGGCUACGGAACUUGGCCCGCGGCCGGUCCAAGCCAUCAACAAUUUUCCGAGCAGCCCCUCCGCUUCAUCUAAUGAAUAUUUUAUUACUCCUCGAGAGCGGACUUACGCAAACGAGGUCCCAUCGAGUAAAUAUCAGACAUCUAGUCAGUCUGGUGCAGGUUACGCAGAGCCAGUGAGGCAGUACCAUCAGGCGAUGCGUCCACCCGUCCAGGCAUCAACGGAUGUGCUCACGAUUUGUGCUGGAACGCAAACAGAAGCUGUACAUAUAUCGCCCUCCCAAACGUCGUUGCCGUCCGUUGUGUACUCGGACAUCGACUUGAGCAAUUUGGUCAAUAAGAAUGACCUUGCCAAAGUAGUUGAUCUUCUAGAGUCCAUGCAUCAGGAGCAGCAACAGUUGAGAAGCCUCUGCGAGUCGUUACUGCAGGGGCAACAAGCGAGUGCAGGUUCCAGCUCAAAGCCUUGCAGGGCAAUUGCCUCCCAGUGUGAUAUUUUAACGACUAGCAACACAAAGCGGAUAGCACCUGUUAUUCAUGAUUACAUAGUAGAAGAGGACGAGCCUUUGCCUGCACCACACGCGCUGGGUCUGCCACAAUUCCAGUCGCCUCGGUCCACACCACCAAGAGCCCAGUCGACUGAAUACCGUGCCAACACACCUAAGACUACGCGACUACCACCCACCGGUGUGGCGUCCAAGCCGAAUACGGAGAAGAGCAUGGUCAUGAAGGAACUCGCCCGAAAAUACUUGCGACAGCCCGUCGACGAGCUGAUGCAUGAAAUGCGCUUGUCCCCGUCGCCUGCGGAUGUUACUUGCAUUCAGAAAUCACCGCAUGCGGAACCCCUUCGGCAGAUAGACAACCUAGUCCACGCACAGAGUCCCAACGACAUGUCGAAUGCAUCGUACAAGUAUCUUAAAAAAUAUCGCCUACUACCGGAAGAGCAAUUGGAGUAUGGAGCUCAUGAACACGUGCCAAAUCCAUCGCCCUUCAGGGGGGGGCGUGCGGCUUCCGCAUCCCCCCAGAUGCAGCUUGAUCUUGAUAAUAUUAGGAAUCAGCCAAAGCUGCUGUAAGCCGAAGAUCAAUGCCAUUGUCAUUAGUAACGCACUUUUGUUUUGUUAUGCAUGCACAAGUCCCAUCUUCGUCUUGUGUGGAAAUAUAGUUCAUUACACAGUUGACAUACAUAUAACAGACACAAUCCAAGAAUAAACUAACGAGGGGCGAAUA